UUCCGGCCGCCCUGGCGGUCAAAGCGCGCACUUCUCAGCCGCUCCCGCGGACGACACGCACAAGGAUGGCUACUAGCGAAGGCGGUGCAGGCAGUGAACGCCGAACAAAAAAAAAAGGAGGCCGACGGUACUGCAGCGUAUAUAAGUGUCAUAACUAUGUAGGAAUGAGAGGUGAUAUAUCUUUCUACGUCUUUCCUGCGAAACCAUACGAGCAAGAACGGAGGCAACGUUGGAUACAAGCUGUCAGGCGAGCGGGUGAAGACGGCCAGGUAUGGGAGCCAGGACCAAACAGCAGAGUCUGUAGUCAACAUUUCGUGGGAAACAAGAUGAGCAAUAUUAUGCACCAUCCGGCAUAUGUGCCAACAAUUUUCCCGUCGGAAUAUUACCGCCAAGCUCCUGCUGACUCCACCGCGUCCGGUGAACGCUUCGAUAGGUGGGCAGAACGCCAUCGACGCAGCGCGGACUCAUCAAUGAAUGCUUUUCAGUCACUACAACCAGCCACGAAUGCAAACACACAGCCAGAAAAUGACGAGGGCCAGGAUGUUUGCUCCCAGAGCCACUGUGGUGUUGACUCACAUGAUAAUGCAAGCUUAUUUCCAUUCAUUGGAAUACAAAUUACAUUGUGUAGUAUCUCCUUAUCUGCGUGAACUAGUGUGUAAAGUGUUUUUAUCUCCCUUAUGCAGGCAGAACAUGAACCUGCUGUGAACAACUGUAAUCAGGAGCAGUCUGUUCAAGAAGUACAUCUACACAGUGUAAAUGGCCUUGGCGUUGAAGAAACUGAUCUCAAGCGACUGGACCUGACAAACGAGCAACCUUGCCAGAAUGCACCGGCCACACCUGCAAUUUCGUCGUCACAGAUGUGCCCGCUCGUUCAUCGUGCUGUAGGACAGGAUACAAGAUCUUGUUUCUUUGGGGGUUAUGAUACACUUUCUCACACACCUGGUGCAAUAACAGCGUUAUGUGGGGUUGAAGAAAAUGUGUUUUCUCUCCUGCUAACCAUGCUGCCUCAGACAAGGGAUAAAGGGAGCGAUGUCAGUGUCCCAAACAAGCUUGCGAUUUUUCUUGUCAAGAUGAAGCACGGUAUGCCAUUUAGUGCCAUAGCCGUACUGUUCUCAAUUCAUGAGACGACUGCGUCAAGGAUUUUCCACAGUGUCUUGGGCACACUGGCACACGCCACAAGAAAGUGGAUCUAUAAGCCACAUUUGCGUGUCAUUCACGACACAAUGCCGGAGUGCUUUAAGCUCAGUUACCCAGAAUGCACUCUCAUUGUUGACUGCACGGAGGUGCGAACCGAAACACCAUCAGAUGUGAGGCAGCAACAUGUUUUGUACUCCUCCUACAAGAAUGGCUUUACUCUAAAAUUUUUAGUAGCCAUAGCUCCCUCUGGCUUGAUAGUUUACAAGUCGAAGUCAUAUGGAGGUCGCUGCUCAGAUGCACACAUAGUCCUAGACUCAAACUUCCUUGAUAUAAUUGAAGAGAGGGAUGUGAUCCUCGCUGACAAGGGAUUUCCGGGCAUACGAGCAGGUGUAGCAGGGAAAAGUGCAGUGCUGGUAAUGCCACCCUUUUCGACAGGCAACCAGCCAUUUUCUAGAGAAGAGCUGCAGCAAACACAUCACAUUGCUCAAGUCCGCAUUCAUGUUGAGCGCAUGAUACAAAGAAUAAAGACACAUGGAGUUUUGCAGCACCGCAUACCAAUAACCUUAAUCCCUGCGAUGAGCAGCAUAUUUCACAUGUGUUGCGUAUUGGCAAAUCUACAGGCUCCCAUCAUUCAAUCCAAGGAAAAACAAACUCGCUAAUUCAGAACUGAAAGUUGAAGAUCUGCGUGACGUUUAUUCUCUAGUGAAGCCCUAAUAAUAAUAUCUGUGGUUUAACGUCCCAGAACCACGAUACGAUUAUGAGAGACGCCGUAGUGGAGCGCCCGGAAAUUUCAACCACCUGGGGUCCUUUAACGUGCACCUAAAUCUAAGUACAUUCUUAGAAUCACAUCUGAUGGUGUUUUGGUUCGCACCUCCAUGCAGCCAACAAUGAGAGUGAUAGAAGUGCUGCUCCAACUGCUCCGAAAGAGAAAUGCUGCUCCAAACUGUAAUUUUUGUUAGUAAAUGCGCCAAAAUGGCACUGGGAAGCUGAAAACAAUGAGCUCUAACCGUGUGAUCAUCCAGCGAGCCUAAACAAAACCAAAAAAAAGCUGUAUACUAUUAUCCUAGUAUGCCACAUGUAUACUAGCUGCAUGCUAGCAUUGUCAAUAUAUAUCUCAUUUAGCAAUAUAUUUGUGCCUGACAAGCAGACUAUUUUGGUGAAAUGUGUGCGAGAUUAGUUUAAUAUCAAACUGAUUUAUAACUGCCGCUGUUACAAAUGUGAUGUGUGACAUACAUAUAUUGCUUUAUCAGCUUUAACCUCAUUAUGCCACAAGAACAGCUCACUGAGUUGCUUUUUUUUUUUAAUUUUCAGUGCAGGCUAUUUUGGUCAAGUAUGAAAAUAACAGAUUGCUUUUAUAUCGUUCCACUUAUAAACUGCUUCUUUGGUGAUGGUCAUAUGUGAUUGUGGUUACUUUUAUCAUUUGGUGUUCAGCUUUAUCGCUUUUAUAUAAUUUCUGCCACAAGUACUGGCAUUUUAAAUAUAUAGCUGAUCUUCCUGCUUAAUUGUUUCUUGCAAUUAGCACUGACUAUUGUAUUUGCAAUAUGUUUAAUAAUAAAUAUUAAUCUUUAUGAAAUGCUUCAAUGAUGCUUUAAACUCCAGAGUUGCACAGAAUAUUUUGCCAUCAGCUCCAGAAACACUGGUUGCUGCUCCAAAAAGCAAAAUGUCGCUUCUAUCACUGACUCUAGUGACGCAAUCUAUACAAGUGAAAUAAAGCGUUCC